CUGGGCGGGACCGGGGCGGGCGGGGCCGCGCGGCUCCAGGGCUCGCAGCGACGCGGAGCCGGACGCCGGAGCCACCGCCUGCAGCGGGAGGGUCCGGCCAGGAUGGGGGACACCGCUAGCACCAAGCUGGGCCGGCGGUGAGGCGGGGGGGGUACGGAGGAAGAGGAUGGAGAGGGGGGGGCGAAGGUGAAGGCAGGCAGCCCCCCCCUCCCAAAAUAUCCCCCCACCCCAUCGGGCCAUCACCAUGGCGACGAAUUUUAACGACAUCAUUAAGCAAGGCUACGUGAGGAUGAAGAGCAAGAAGCUGGGGAUCUACCGGCGGUGCUGGCUGGUCUUCCGGAAAUCCUCCAGCAAAGGGCCCCAGCGCCUGGAGAAGUACCCGGAUGAGAAGUCAGCGUGCCUGCGUGGGUGCCCCAAGGUGACUGACAUCAGCAAUGUCAAGUGCAUCACCCGGCUGCCCAAGGAGACCAAGAGACAGGCUGUGGCCAUCGUUUUCACUGAUGACUCUGCCCGGACCUUCACCUGUGAUUCGGAGCUGGAGGCGGAGGAGUGGUACAAGACGCUGUCAGUGGAAUGCCUGGGCGCCCACCUGAACGACAUCAGCCUGGGGGAGCCUGACCUGCUGGCGCCCGGCGUGCAGUGCGAGCAGACGGACCGGUUCAACGUGUUCCUCCUCCCUUGCCCCAACCUGGACGUUUACGGCGAGUGCAAGCUGCAGAUCACCCACGAAAACAUCUACCUCUGGGACACACACAACCCCCGGGUGAAGCUGGUCUCCUGGCCCCUCUGCUCCCUGCGCCGCUACGGGCGUGACGCCACUCGCUUCACCUUCGAGGCCGGACGGAUGUGUGACGCGGGGGAAGGUCUCUACACCUUCCAGACCCAGGAGGGAGAGCAGAUCUACCAGCGCGUGCACAGUGCCACGUUGGCCAUUGCCGAGCAGCACAAGAGGGUCCUGCUGGAGAUGGAGAAGAACGUCAGGCUGCUGAACAAGGGCACCGAGCACUUCUCCUACCCCUGCACCCCCACCACCAUGCUGCCCCGCAGUGCCUACUGGCACCACAUCACCGGCUCCCAGAACAUGGCCGAGUCCUCCAGCUACGCCGGGGAGGCGUACACGGGCCCCCAGGCCAGCUCGGACACCGACCUCCUCAACAGGUUCAUCUUGCUGAAGCCAAAGUCCUCCAAAAGCGACAAGCCUGAAAGCAGGGAGCCCACAUCAUCCCCAUGAGCCGGCGGGGGGGGGGAACAGGACCACGGCAGGGCUCCCCUUUUUCUUCCCCAAGAGGUGGCAAGGAUGCAGGCAGCCACCCCUCUGAGUCCCCGGGAAGACCGAGCUGGGACAUCUUCCGUGCCAAGACCUGGGGGGAACAGGCGCUGGCUCACACCCUGGCCUGACGUUAGUGGAGAUGACGGCUGGCUCAGCCUCGACUGACUUGAAAUAUAUAUUGAAUACCCGUAUUAUAAGUGAUUUUUCCUUCUCACAUGAAUGCAAACUUUGUGGCCGCUGAAGAACCCUCAGGCAGAGAUGCUCAGAGGUUUUUUGAUUCUUGGGGAAUCCAGCUGGGAGGUGAAGAGGCAGGGGGGUAUCAAGAAAUGUGGUGUGGUUUUUGUGAGAGGGGAAGGCUGGAGCAUCGCCCUGCCGCAGGGACAGAGCAGCGCUGGAAGAUGUGGCUGUGCCAGGCUGAUGGUGCGGGGUCCCAGCAUCUCACACCCCACCCUGUGAAAAGUAGGGUGCUCCUGGGGAUGACGCCCCACCACCCCUGAGCUGAUUUUUUGCACUUCUUGAAGCUAUUUAAACACUCGCUGUAGAAUUGAGAUGUCUCAGGAGAAACUGGUUUUCCUUCUGGGGGAUCGGCUGGGGUGAGCGGCCUGGCAGAGCCAAGCCCCCGAUGGCUUUCUGGGGCUGCCCCCACCCCAGCACUCCUCACUCCUCCACCCACAGCCGCUCCCCCUGGCCAUGCCCCUGGUUUAUCUGCUGGUGGGCAACCCAGGGACUGGUUUUGGCCAGUAGCAUCUGUCCCUUGAGGGGGCAACUUUGUGGAUCUAAAAAGUCCCUGGGCAGAGAAGCCCAUGCCGAUAGGGGGAGAGCCGCAUUUCUCCAUGCAUUCCCAUCGUCCUCGCUCCCUCCUUGCCUGCCAGUUCGGCUGGGUGAAAGCCCUUCCCUGGGGUGGGGAGCUGGGUUUCAUGUGCUGAACUGGAAAGCAAUUGAUUUUUUCUAGUUCUCCUAUUUAUUGACCUCCUUUAGAAGGGCUAUCUUUUUAUUGCCGUGCAAACCUUGGUGUUUCUUUGGAGUCUUCUUUCGGUCUGGGUUGGGUGGUCAGUGGUUUUAUUUCCGCCCUUAAAGCUCCAGGUCCGUGCUUUGAGGACCGGGAGUGUUGUGAUGUGGGAACCUGUGGUCUGUAAAUACUGUGUCUUGGGUUGGUGUAGCUUGUGGCUGAGGCUGGGGGCGGGGAUGGCGGGACAGAAGACAGCUGCUCCCUGCAGCACUGCCAGGCGCCGAGGGGCUCAUUGGUACCCCAGCACCAGCCGGUAGCACAUCCUCCCCCAGGUGAGAGGUGUAACCCGCUCUCUUUUCCCAGCUACACACCUCAUCUGGAAAAGAUUUCACAUUUAUUACCAAAAAUGUUUGGGUUUUCUUUUUUUUAAGGAGUUGCUCAAUGAAUAAACAAUCCUUAUCCACCCUU